GACAAUGAAGAAUGGCAACAUACUCCAAACGGCAAGGUGUUUGCAUCAAACAUGGUAGUAUCUUGUGAUGGGUUCUAUAAUGAACCACACACCGACAACGACCAUACUCGUUAUGCAUUUGGCAUUAACUGCCUCAUUGACCGCGAGACUGGAAAACCCUACCAGCUGGAAGGCUCUGAGAAUAAAGGUUUGAUAUGUGGCAGCUCAUUUAUCUUAGGUGACUUUGAUAUUGUUGUCGACCAUGAUCGUUGUGAUGGCAUCUAUGAGACUCUUUGGGAUACUCAGGUUGAACAUUAUACAGCUGAGUCCAUCACUUAUGAUGAACAUGGCCAUGAGAUCAGUCCAACGAAGUGUGCAAUCACACGUUUUGGCACAUCAUGUCAGAUUUCAAAGUCGUUGGUUGAACGUAUUAAUAUAGUUGAAAAAGAACGUGACAAGAUGAAACCAACCGAAUGGGAGGCAUAUCAUAAGUCCAGGGUGAGAACAUUGGAGGAAGAGACCGAAUUCAAGGAAAUCAAGGCUGUUGCUAGUGAGGCGAUAAUGGUUGAAAGGGAGAGCAUGAGAAAGGAAGCUCGCAAGGUCAAGGCUGAAAUGAAAAGGAAGGCAAAGCUUAACACCCUUUUCAAAGGGGGAAAAGUGUAACUAUUGCUUAUUAUAAUUGGGUUUUUCUCCAGUACAUUAUCGUAUGACCCUUGAUUCAUCUUUGAUUUACUGAAUUUGGACAAACACAAUGUUGAGAUUCC